GCGUUAGAGAGGGGGAGGAGAACGCAUAAGCAAGCUGGUUUGGCCAGAAACAGAACUGCCUGUGACAGAUUAAGAGACAAGCAAGGCUUGGAAUUUGAGAGCAAGCAAAGAGAGUGGAAAUUUACAGCUGCCCUGUGUGACUGACUGUUCAAGUGAUCAUUUUCUGCUACCAUUUCCCGGUGGUAAGUGUUACUCUUCAAAGAGAGGGACAGAAAGUCAGGACGGGAUUGUGGAAACUCUUCUCUGCAAUGCUUUGGUAAUAGGAGGCACCCUCUGUUAAAUGGAAGAUAAAGGUUCCUUUUAAAGUACUUUGAGGGCAAGAGAGAACUGUCUUCAGCACCUCACCAUGUGUCUACUUUUUGUCGCUUAGAGCCUGGACAUUUCUAUAACAUUUGCAUUCCAUAUUGGAAGAGGAGAUUUCUGUAGAUGAAAAAAAUGCCUUUCUUUAGUAAAUCACACAAAAAUCCCACAGAAAUCGUGAAAGCUCUGAAAGACAACAUGGCCAUCUUGGAAAAGCAAGAAAAAAAACCAGACAAGGCUUCAGAAGAAGUGGCAAAAUCACUGCAAGCAAUGAAAGAACUUCUGUGUGGGACAAGUGACAAGGAACUCCCAACAGAAGCUGUGGCUCAGCUAGCACAAGAGCUCUAUAAUAGUGGACUACUGGUGACACUGAUAGCUGACCUACAGCUGAUAGACUUUGAGGGAAAAAAAGAUGUGACCCAGAUAUUUAACAACAUCCUGAGAAGACAGAUAGGCACUUGCAGUCCUACUGUGGAGUACAUUAGUGCUCAUCCUCAUAUCCUGUUUAUGCUCCUCAAAGGAUAUGAAGCUCCACAGAUUGCCUUACGUUGUGGGAUUAUGCUGAGAGAAUGUAUUCGACAUGAACCACUUGCCAAAAUAGUCCUCUUUUCUAGUCAAUUCAGAGAUUUCUUUAAGUAUGUGGAGUUGUCAACAUUUGAUAUUGCUUCAGACGCCUUUGCUACUUUUAAGGAUUUGCUAACCAGACAUAAAGUGUUGGUAGCUGACUUCUUAGAACAAAAUUAUGAUACUACUUUUGAAGACUAUGAGAAAUUACUUCAGUCUGAGAAUUAUGUAACUAAGAGACAAUCUUUAAAGCUGCUAGGUGAACUGAUCCUGGACCGACACAACUUUGCCAUUAUGACAACGUAUAUCAGCAAGCCAGAGAACCUGAAGCUGAUGAUGAACCUCCUUCGAGAUAAAAGCCCCAACAUUCAGUUUGAAGCCUUUCAUGUCUUUAAGGUGUUUGUGGCCAGUCCUCACAAAGCACAGCCUAUUGUGGAGAUUCUAUUAAAAAAUCAACCCAAACUCAUUGAGUUUCUGAGCAGUUUCCAUAAAGAAAGGAUGGAUGAUGAGCAGUUCACUGAUGAGAAGAACUACUUGAUUAAACAGAUUCGAGACUUGAAGAAAGCAGUCCCCUGAAGGUCCCACCAGUUUCCUGCUGCUGUCACCAUCUCAUUUAUUCAGUUUCUAUAAAAAGUGUCAUUUCAAAAAGUCAUUGUUCUUGGGAAGGCUUUUCAGAUGCUUAUUUUUUUCUCAAUUCAUUGUUCAAGGUAGAUGGAAUAUAAACAUCAGAAUGAAAAAAAUAAUUAGCCUAGAAUAAUCAUUUUAAUCAAAUCUGUGAUUAUUUAUAUGAAAUGAGAGCCAUCCUAUUAGACAUUGAGAAAAGCAAUUUUAACUCUUUGUUGAGGAAGGGCAGCAGAGCCCUGGGGUUGCAGACCUGAUGCCUCAGUCACCACAAGCCACUCAGUAGGAGCCCAAGUGAGGGGCUCACUGAGUCCUCAAGAAGGAUGAAGUUCUCAGAGGAGGGUUGGGUCCAAGGAUAAGAGGCACAAAACAGUUUUGCCUGCCUGCAUUUAGACAGAUUUCUUAAAGCCCUGAAAGAUGUGAGAAAAUAAGAUUCAUGUUUUCAGUUAUCACAUGUGCUUGUUCUCUACCCACCUCUUUUGACUGUAACUAACUCCCUAGGGAAUCAGUGCCCCCUCCCAACUCAGCUCUCUUUACUACUCACAGUCCCGCAUUCCAUCCCAGCAGAUCUCCUCAGCAUGCCUGACUCCUGGUGCCCUCCACCCCCCAACCUAUAGUUGGGUUAGCAUGGAGCCCACUAUGUAAAAAUAGGAUGGAUUAGCAAGGGUCAUAGGGCAGAGAGGGCCUAUGGGGUAUGACCUGCCCAUCGAGAACCUGGGACGGAUGGUUAAGAACCACAGCUCCACAUAGAGUCACUGCUGCUUCACACUGAUUUCUGUAGGCUUAGUGACUGGAAUAUUUCAUUCAUAAUUGUCAUUAUGGGAAAAGUUGUUUAUGGCUAAAGUGUGUUUUAGAGUAGGAAUCAUUGCACAGGGAUGCCUCAUGUGUACAAAACCAUGGGUCCAGAGGGUUGCACAGGUCUUCAGAUCACUUUUAUACAUAAGGAAACAUUGCCAUUGGGAAGGAUAAUGAUUAAAUGCAUUAAAAAAUUCUCAAAUGAUUAAAAAUUAUUUUUUCAGUUUAUUUUCUAAUUAACCAUCACUCUAAUGUCCCAUCAAAGUCUUCAGUGAAAAGGUAGAAAACCUACAAAAUUUUUUCCCAAAUAUUGUCUUCCACAUAGAAUGAUUAAGGAGUUAAUUUGUGUUCUUUUAAAAAGUCAUGAAACAACAAAAAAUCAGGCUUGUUUUCAUACAUCAAGUGUAUAAAGUGGAAUUUUAAAGCUGUAUUUACAAAACAUUAAAGGUACACUUAUUUAUUUUUUUCAUAAUUUUGUGGCAAAUCAUGAGCUGACACCUUCCAUGUGAACUCUCACUUUUUACAAUACUGGGUGCUGUAUUCUUUGGUCAGUUACUUCUGCACCCAAAUGGGAAAGAUCCCUCUCCAGGAUCAGUGCCUUCUGUAGAGUUACCUGGCAAGGUGUCACCCUUCCUGGCUGAGGCACAAGUUCGUGUUCUUCUGUGCCCAGCAUGGAGCCCUGAGGCAGGUAGUGUGGGACCUGCAAGAUUUCUCAUGGCACUGGGGCCAAUGCUCACAGGACGGUCGGCCAGCUGCCCAUCUGAUGACCUUCAUUCAUUAGUCACUGAAGCCAGAUUAUUUUUCUAACAUUCCCUGACAGUCCAGAGACUCUUAGAAUUUUAUUUUCCUGGUUUUGCCUAUUUGGUUAGAAGAGAGGAGUGUAAAUGUAAAAAAAGAAGGCACAAUAAUCAUUGAAAAUUUAUUUGGUUGCUUAAUACUGUUGCACAACAUCAGGAGACACAUCUUUUCAGUUGGAAAGCAAGGCCUUGUUACAAUUCUUUUUGGAUAAAUAAAACACAUUUCCUCUGGGCUUGAAUUAGCUGUUCCCUAGCAACCCCUUAUCCUAGCUUAGUACAUGUCAAACAGAAACCUAGAGCCUAAGAGGAAAUAAAUGAAGUAGCUGGGGUUUUCUCUAAUACAAAUUUGUAACUUAUUAAUGGAAAUGAGGAAUUAAGAAGCUCACAGUCAAAAUAUGUUUGCACAGAAUUCACUGUAAACAUUGUGAGAAUCGAAUUUUGAAAAGGUCAUAUUUAAUAAGCUAUUUCAAAAGUACACAUUUAAAUAAAGACUGACUAAAGAAAAACAUGCCACAUACUCAGUGGUCAGUUUCAUUCCUCUUCAUGCCUCACAUCUAUGUUCCUGUCAUUGCCCAAAUCAGGAACUAUGCCAGGCAGAGGGACACUGCCUGGCCUCUCGGCAGUGUUCAGGCACCUCUUCCCCAUGCACUGUGCUAACUGCAUGACCUUGUCACGGCCCCCUGCCAAGUGAUGCUAACUGCCACUGACCACCCACAAAGGCCUGAGGCCCAAUUCCUGUUCUUCCUCCCUCUUUCAUUUGGGGAAGGUCCAGGAUGCGAGGAACUACUUUGUGCCUCCCUCUCCCCCCUGUGGCCUGGGAGGCUCCUGGGGGUGUUAAGAUCCUAAAGUGAGCUAGCAGGGAUUGAGAUCAUAAUGUUCUUGGACAAGGCGCGACUAAAGCCAGGCGGCUGCCCAAAUGUUGGAAUUGCCCUUGGAGAAAAGGCUCUGCGGCACACAGCCCUUGUGCAAAUGGACUUGACUGCCAGCCUCCGUGUGCUCCAUCCCUGGGGGUCCCUGGGGGAGCAGUGUACGCCGGGAGGGGUGGGUGAGCUUCCAAAGCCCGUGUCCCUAGCCAAACUGGCCUGCCUGUAUGAG